GUUUCGGUGCCUGUUGUGGGUGAUGCAGCUGAACCUGCAGGGAGAGAGAGAACUGACUCGGGAAGGGUGGUGAAUGUCCUUCUCCCCUGCCCUGCUCAAGAUGUAAUUAAAUACCAGGGGAAGUUACCUUCCAAAAUUUGUAAAUUGGGUACUUUAACAAUUCUUACGCUUCCUUACUUGCCAGGAUGGGUAACAGAGCUAGAGAGUGUGUUCAUAAAUACGUCUUAUGCUGUAGCCUGAUUCUGAGUUGCAUGCAGGCAGACUUACCGCUUCAUCCUGGUUUAGCAAAGCUUUAAAAAAAUACACUUCCUUGUUACCAGUCAGAAAUAAAAAACAAACAAACAAACAAAGAACCAAAAACAAAACCAGUGGGUUUGAGAAAGAUGUGGCACAUGUCAGUUUGUAGCUUGAUUCACUGUGCUUUCAUUCUCGGAGUAGCUAAACCAGGUUUGCCAGGUUAAUGAUUUAGACUUUUUUUUUUAAGCUGUUAUUAAAAUAUCCUUGCUUUGAAUGUUUCUGAUCUUUUUAUAGGUAAUGUUAAAGUAAUGGAGUCCAAAGAACUGCUGAACUCGUCGGAUCAAGACGAAACGAGGAAAAAUGCGCUCAUCAGUACCAAAGGAGGGAUCGUGAUGGACUUUCAUCCACCCUUCAGGGGUGGAGCUACUGUACAAGCCCCUGUGUCUACAUCUCCUCUCCCCGCAUCUUCUCAGACAGAUUCCAAUCAGCAACCUGCUUUGGCUGACUUUUCAAAAGGAUUAGUAAACAAUGUGCCUCAGCCAGACCUUUCCAAGGCAGUAUCGCUCUCGAUGGGACUGUACAUGGGUGAAACAGACGCAAAAGUGAUGGGAAACGACCUUGGAUUUUCGCAGCAGGGCCAAAUCGGCAUCUCUUCUGGAGAAACGGACUUCAGGCUCCUGGAAGAAAGUAUUGCGAGCUUGAACAAGUCCUCGAGCCUGGCCGAGGACGCAAAGGGAGCAGUAUCUUCUGAGGUGCCGCUUGAGCCGGAUUUCCCAGGCAUGGCUGGCCGCAACGCCCCUUUAGAGUCGGGAACUGCAGUCCAAAGCCAGGUUGGCUCGAAUGGUGGCAACUUGAAGUUAUUUUCUGAAGACCAAAGCACCCUGGAUAUUCUCCAGGAUUUAGAAUUGCCGCCGGUAUCGCCUGGCAAAGAGCCCAAUGGAAGCCCGUGGAGGCUUGACCCAUUGCUAGAUGACGGUGGCUUGCUGUCCCCUAUAUCUGCAGAUGAUGCAUUUCUCCUGGAAGGAAAUCUCGGUGAAGACUGCAAGCCUCCUAUUUUAUCUGACACUAAACCUAAAAUUAAUGACCGUGGUGACCUUUUACCCAGUUCCAAAAUGCCAAUGCCUCAAGUGAAAACAGAAAAGGAAGACUUCAUUGAACUCUGUACUCCUGGCAUAAAGCAAGAAAACAUGGGCCCAAUUUAUUGUCAGGCAAAUUUCUCUGGGUCUAGUUUGCUGGGUACUAAAGCCUCUGCCAUAUCUAUCCAUGGUGUCAGUACCUCUGGGGGACAAAUGUAUCACUAUGAUUUAAAUACUGCAUCGCUCUCUCAGCAGCAGGAUCAGAAACCAAUUUUUAAUAUCAUUCCAUCUCUUCCUGCCGGUUCAGAAAAUUGGAAUAGGUGCCAGGGAUCAGGGGAUGAGACGUUAGCUCCUUUGGGAACGCUCAACCUUUCUGGCAGACCUGCUUUCUCUAAUGGCUAUUCAAGCCCUGGAAUGAGAUCAGAUGUAAGCUCCUCUCCAUCCACAACCUCAGCAACUACGGGACCACCUCCCAAGCUUUGUCUUGUUUGCUCUGAUGAGGCCUCUGGGUGUCAUUACGGUGUUCUUACUUGUGGCAGCUGCAAAGUGUUCUUCAAAAGAGCUGUGGAAGGGCAGCACAACUAUCUGUGUGCUGGGAGAAAUGAUUGCAUUAUUGACAAAAUUCGGAGGAAAAACUGUCCAGCGUGCCGCUACCGGAAAUGUCUUCAAGCUGGCAUGAACCUCGAAGCUCGAAAAACAAAGAAGAAGAUAAAAGGAAUUCAGCAGACUAACGUAACGGGAACGCGGGAUGUUUCCGAAACGCCUGGAAACAAGAGCAUCGUUCCUGCCUCCCUGCCGCAGCUGACCCCGACCCUGGUUUCCCUGCUGGAAGUGAUCGAGCCGGAGGUGCUGUACUCGGGCUACGACAGCACGCUGCCGGACUCCAGCUGGCGGAUACUGUCAACCCUCAACAUGUUGGGAGGACGGCAAGUAGUAGCCGCAGUGAAGUGGGCAAAGGCAAUACCAGGUUUCCGAAAUUUACAUCUGGAUGACCAAAUGACCCUUCUCCAGUACUCAUGGAUGUUCCUAAUGGCUUUUGCUUUAGGAUGGAGGUCAUAUAAACAAUCAAAUGGAAAUCUCCUGUGCUUUGCACCAGAUCUGAUUAUUAACGAGCAGAGAAUGAAUCUACCCUGUAUGUAUGAACAAUGCAAACAUAUGCUUAUGGUUGCCCGAGAGCUAUCGCGGCUUCAAGUCUCAUAUGAAGAGUAUCUCUGCAUGAAAACGUUGCUUCUCCUUUCUACAAUUCCUAAGGAAGGCCUGAAGAGUCAAUCUUUGUUUGAAGAAAUCCGUAUGACAUACAUUAAAGAGCUGGGAAAGGCCAUAGUGAAAAGAGAAGGGAACUCAAGCCAGAACUGGCAGCGAUUUUAUCAACUGACUAAACUGUUGGACUCUAUGCAUGAUGUGGUUGAAAAUCUUCUGAGCUUUUGCUUCCAGACAUUUUUGGAUAAAUCCAUGAGUAUUGAGUUCCCAGAAAUGUUGGCAGAAAUCAUCAGCAAUCAGAUACCAAAAUAUUCAAAUGGAAAUAUCAAGAAGCUCUUAUUUCAUCAAAAGUGACUGCCUUAAUACAAAAGGGUUGCCUUAAGAAAACGUCAAAUGAUAGCUUUUUUUUUGUAAAGAAAAAAAACUUACAGAACUUGUUAAUUUUGUCCUUGCAGCGGUGUUUCUUUUGUAAUUAUGCACUACAUGUGGUUUACAGAGGGCCAAGAUUUAGGCUACAGAAGCAGUGGAUUUCUCACAUUUGGUAAAAAAAUUGGGGAGAAAGGAAAGGAAAAUGAAUGUUAUUUGUCAGAAAUUAUGUAUCUCCCCUCUUGCAACAUCCAUGGAUGCAUCAAAACCACCGGUGACAAGAUCUGAGGCUGUGUUACGAACAUUCUGCUAAUUCAUUUCUGCAGUUGGCUGGAGACAAUUUUCUAGGCUUUUUUUUUUUUUAAAGUGUUUUGGUUUUUUUUUUUUUAAAGUUAAGGUAGCAUUUUGGUUUAUGCAUGUAACCUGAAGAAAGUUUACAAGUGUAUAUCAGAAAAGGGAAGUUGUGCCUUUUAUAGCUAUUACUGUCUGGUUUUAGCAAUUUCCUUUAACUUUAUAUACCGUGAACUAGGCUUGUUCAUUUUUUUCUUACAUAGUUUUUUUGUAAUACUUCAAGAUGCCUAUUGUACAGCUGGUUUUUUAAGGUGGGGCAGCUCGUAGCUUUCCUAAAUGACCUCUAGACAUUAAUCCUUGAGUAUAUUCAUGUGAAAAUGGGUUGGGCUUUUCUAACCUAAUAGCUUUCAACUGUCAAAGUGACCAUGAAAAUUUGGCAUUUUUUAAGGGCCAGGGUGGGUGGGAGAACACUCUCAAAUAUCAUUUAAAUAGAUGCGAAUGAAACAAAUACUUUUGGUAUAUGUGCAAAAGUAAUUGGAUAUGUAGAUUCAUAGAAAAUUACAUCCAGUUAGGACUGGGUUAAAUGAGCGGGUUAUUUUAUAUAUUGAAAAAAAAAAAAAAGCCUGAUUUUUGCAUAUAAUGCAACAGCCAUAACUAUAAGAGUCAUGGGCUGCAUUGAUGCCAAGAAGAUCAGUCCUGACUGCCCAUCAGGAAAUUUUCAGGAAAAUAUGCAUAGCUUAAGAAAAGUUUACUUCUGUGUGGAGAAACUCACAUUUUCUAUACACUUAAAUCUAUCAUCAUACAAGUAUAUAUGGAAAAAUACCAUUGACUUAAGAGGCAGACAUGUAAUUAUGCCCAGUGGUUUGGUUUUGUUCUGUUUUCUUGUAUCGAUUCUAGAAAUCUUUUCUUCGGUGAGAUGUUUACCGUCAUGCAGGCAGUAAAGCAGAGCAGCUGCGCUGGCUGACUGUACCUCUGGAUAUACAGGCUCCAAACUCGUGUGGUUAGAGACCCAUUUUCACAUCUCCACCUGUCGCUGACUGGUUCAUCCUCUCUCCUGGAGAGCAGGAAAGCUCCGCUACUGAUUUCGUGGUCUUAGAGUCGUAUGUCAAACCUCCUGUCUUUGUAAGGCUGCAUCCCUUCAUACCGAACUACUAGCGUGCCAUAAAAUUACCAUAGGUCUUGUGAAUUUCUCCUUGUUGCCAUUGAUAACUAUAUUUUAAAACGUUUAGAAGCUGUAGUAGCCUUUUCUACAUGCACCUUAACAAUUUUCUGUAUCUCAAAAUUUAAAUAUUUACUAAGCCACUCUAAAAUUUGAUUUUUACUCAAAGUGGCCAGAUUAUUUGUGUA